AGGUUGAUACCAUGUACAGCGACCUCCUCCCAGUCACGCUGGGUUACCAAGAUGGCUACAAGAAGGGCUACAAAGAAGGAUUCAAGACCUCCCUGGGCUUCAAGUCUGGUUAUGAAGCUGGCAUCGAGCUGGCAAAGAAACGUGCUUUAGAAUCCACCUACACUUCUCCUGUCCUCCCCUCUGUUGCCACUCAGCUCGUUCCUUCUCCCGUUCAGCCUGUUCCUACCCAGCUCGUAGCUCAAGCCCCGCUGUAUCAGCCAAGGGCGUAAGCGUGAAGCUUUGAGGAGGUUCACAGGAUGAAGGGCUACGGGGCUAUUCCAACUGAGUCUGGGGGAGAGCCUGGCUGGGGCUCGAGCAAGAGGGAGGAAGCGAGUGGUGAGCAAGUGUUCAAACGCCGGACUGCCAUCGCAGCGGCUUUGUUUGCCUUCCUCUCCCUCCUCUUGUACGUCGUCGUGAAGCUGAACCCGGAGAGCUCUCGAGAACAAAGCAAGGAUGCUGACCGGGUGGACGUCCUCGAGCACACACUGUAUGCUCUCCAGCACUUCUGGCCGAGCAGAAAGCAUGACAGGGAUGACUUUGCCCAGCCAGCAGAUGCCAGCGUGAUGUUGUCAAGCUACUGUUGCGAUGAGUCGAUCUGUAGCAAGUACGCCCUAGCUGCCUGCAAAUCUCGCAGGGACAAGCAGCGCAGAGAAGACAAGGAGUCUGCGGAGAUAGAAUCCUACCUCGACAGCGCAGACUCCAGCUCCCCCCCAGCAGUUGUUGACCACCCUGGCGCGUCAGGUGCCGCAUCGGCCAUGGG